UAAUCAUCUUUCCGCCGGAGAUCCGGCGCCGCCCCUUCGUGGACGAAUAAUUCGAGCGAAAGUAGAAGCGACCGAAUAAGGCUUAACCGGAGAGAAGGUACUCCACACAUGGUGGAUUCUCCCUCCAAUGCCCAUCGGAAACCCGAGGAAACGGCCAAUCCGCGUCGUUGGAUCGUUUAGCAGACCUUCAUCCAACGCUCAGCUCUCUGACGCAGUCUCUCGUCUCGAGUCCUUGACGAGAAAAGGCGUUCGCUUACCCGUCGAAGUCUUAGUGUCUUUGCUCCGGCGGUGCGCGGACACGAGGUCUCUGAGGGAAGGGAAAUGCAUCCAUCUUCACUUGAAGAUAACGGGAUUCAAGAGAGCCAACACCCUUUUGUCCAAUCAUCUGAUUGGGAUGUACAUGAAGUGUGGCAAACACAUCGAUGCUCGUAAGGUGUUCGAUAAAAUGCAUAUUAGAAACUUGUAUUCAUGGAACAAUAUGAUCUCGGGGUAUGUAAAAUCAGGGAUGUUGGUACGGGCAAGAGCUCUGUUCGAUAGCAUGCCCGAGAGGGAUGUCGUUUCGUGGAAUACCAUGGUGAUUGGGUAUGCCCAUAAUGGGGAUUUGCGUGAAGCUCUAGGGUUCUACAGAGAGUUGAGGAGAUCGGAAAUCAGAUGCAACGAGUUCAGCUUUGCUGGGCUUUUAACGGCUUGUGUCAAAUCGAGGAACUUGGAGCUCACUAGGCAGGCUCACGGCCAGGUUCUGAUUGCUGGUCUUUUGACAAAUGUUGUUCUUUCAUGUUCGAUUAUCGACGCUUAUGCUAAAUGUGGUGAGAUGAGCGAUGCUCGAAGAUGUUUCAACCACAUGCCAGUGAAAGAUAUUUACGUUUGGACAGCUCUGGUUUCGGGGUAUGCGCAACUUGGCGAUGUGGAAUCGGCUGAGACGUUAUUCCACGAGAUGCCAGAGAAAAAUCCUGUUUCAUGGACGGCAUUGAUUGCAGGACACGUUAGACAAGGUUCAGGGUACAAAGCUCUUGAAUUGUUUGGAAAGAUGAUGGCUUUGGGGAUGGAACCGGAGCAGUUCACUUUAAGCAGUUGUCUCUGUGCCUGUGCGAGCAUAGCUUCUCUCAAACAUGGGAAACAAAUCCAUGGCUACAUGCUUCGAACAAAUGUAAGACCCAAUACGAUUGUUCUUAGUUCUUUGAUUGAUAUGUACUCCAAAUCUGGGAGUUUAGAUGCCGGUAAGCGGGUUUUCAAUCUCACGACUAACAAACACGACUGUGUUUUGUGGAAUACGUUGAUAUCUGCGUUGGCACAACACGGCCUUGGCCACGAGGCAAUGCACAUACUUGAUGAUAUGAUCAAAGCCAGAGUCCAUCCCGACCGGACGACUCUGGUUGUAAUUCUGAACGCAUGUUGCAGUCAUUCGGGGCUAAUAGAGGAAGGACUCAGGUGGUUUGAGUCCAUGACUCGUCACCAGGGGAUUGUUCCGGACGAAGAACAUUAUGCCUGCUUGAUAGAUCUCUUGGGUUGUGCUGGUCGUUUCAGUGAAUUGAUGAAGCAGAUUGAGACGAUGCCUUUCCAGCCCGAUGAACGUAUCUGGAACGCAAUCCUAGGAGUCUGCAGUAUUCGUGGAAACGUAGAACUCGGUACAGAAGCCGCGAAAGAGCUUAUCAAACUAGACCCUGAAUCCAGUGCACCGUACAUAUUGCUAGCGAGCAUUUAUGCAAUGCGUGGAGAAUGGGAAUCGGUGGAGAAACUGAGAAGGGUUGUGGAGAAGAGAGAGCCGACGAAAGGAAAAGCUCUAAGUUGGAUUGAGAUCGAGGAUAAAGUUCACGCCUUUACAGUUGCAGAUGGGUCGCAUACGCAUAAACAGGAGAUAUACUCGGCUUUGAAUAAUCUGGUUGCCCUAACGGGAAAGGAAUUUUCAUCAUAACCUCGGGAUGUUCUGACACAUGAUGUUUCUGUGAGUUUUGCCGUAAAUGUUUCCAGGUUUCUCACGGUAGAACCCUUAAAGAUCAAGAAGACGUUGGCUGCACGAAUGGAAGAAGACAAUGCUUCUUCAUCAGCGUUACAUGUUGUAAAGGUUUCUGCCUAUUUUUGGAAUCGUAUCCAUGAAACCGUGCAGAAACAGAGAUUCUGUACGUUUUUUGAUGAGCUUGCGACUUUCAGUUAACUCCAGAGGAUUUCUUAGGGUUUCAGAGCUGAAAACCAACGUGUAAGAUUAUUUUUCCCCCAUUGUCUAAUAAAAAAAAAAAAA